AAAACGGUGUGAAAGGCUUUGAAUGAGUGGUUGUGUAGUAUUGGCGGCAAAGUUGAAGCGUUGGCGCCGGCGGUUAGACUCACUCUCUCUCACACUCUCUCUAUUGAACGCUAACACAGCGUAAGUGACGCCAAAAGUGUACGACUUUUUGAGCGCACAAUUCAUUGUGUCAUUACUUUUGCAGUGAAAACUUUUUAAAGACUAAACUUUUAAUUGAGUUUUAAAUUUGUUGAUUAAAACCGCGAAUAACUUAUCAAACAAUACGACAAACGAUGGCUCAGAAGGGAGUGAUUGUGUUCUCGACGCCCGACUCCGGCAAACGACCCCAGAGUGCGGCCAAAGACAAGUCAGAGUCGGUGUCGUCGCCGAUGAAUAGUGACAACAGUCUGUACUAUCCGUGGUUGUGGUCAGACUCGGCCCAAUCCAUACAAUUGAGUCCAUUGGCCACUCCGUGGCGCUCACGACGACCGGACUCUCCCACUGGCGACGAUCCCAACUCGAGUUCGGCCAAAAGGGGUCGACCGCGACUCGAAGAGAUCACAAGUCUGAUCCUCACGGGCUCGACAUCUCCGUCGGCCAUCAAGUGUGAGGUCUGUAACCGUGUCUUUCCGCGCGAGAAGAGCCUUCAGGCGCACCUCAGGACACAUACCGGUGAGCGGCCCUAUCGGUGCGAUAUGGAGGGCUGUGGACGCGCUUUCGCACAAUCAGGACAACUCCGGACUCACCAACGCCUGCAUACGGGAGAAAAGCCAUUUGAGUGCGCGUUCCCGGACUGCGCCAAUCGGUUCACUCACGCCAACCGUCGCUGUAGUCUUCACUCCCGGUAUGGCGUCCGACGAGUCGUUCCCACAGACGACGAGAACAACGGCUCCGACACUAAAGUGAUAACAAAAAUAUUGAAAGUUAACAAAAAUAUCGGAAAUACAGAGAAUAAUAGCCGAAAGUUAGAGAAGAAGCCGCGCAGCGAAAAGAGGCGGUCAGUGAUCGCACACGUCGGCCGCGCGGCCCGAAAGUUGCGCCAAGAAUUGGACGCCGAGGCGGACGACGACGAGGAGAACGGAAAGAGUGAACACAGGGAGAAGAUUAUGGGCGCUCUGGCGCUCAUGGAGUUGGCGGGAAGCGCUCCCAUCGACAUCGGCUCCGAUGCCAGCGUUGAUGUCAAUGAAAAUGACGAACAAAUUGUUACCACUUAUUGGCAACAGAUCUAA